GCAGGUUCAUUAAUUUCUGCUUCACUGACACUCAUAAUGAGUUACAUCAAUAGCGGGUAUUUUCUUUGCAACCUAAUUCCGACACCGAACAAUCUCAAGUAGCAAUUAAGAGGCUAAGCUUUCGUCAAGUAUUUUCAUGUGUUACUAGUACGUAGUACUGAAUAUUUAACUUGAAAAUAUGGACGACUUUUCAUCCUUCACCACUAGUAGUACCAAUGAUGACUUCGUGUUUGAAAGCUACCCCCAGCGAAUCGUCAUCGCCUCCAUCCUCUGUCUCGUCACCGUCGUCGGCAUCGUUGGGAAUAGCCACGUCGUGCUCGCCGUGCUCCUCUGCCAAAAGUUGAGAUCUUCCACCAACUGGCUGGUGGUCAACCUCGGUAUGGCCGACCUCAUCACCUGUCUCUUUCUUCCCUUCAACGUCGUGGCGAUGCUGAGCAAGAAUGGAUGGCCCAUCGCCGAAUGGAUCUGCGCAAUGACCGGAGGCGUCACGCUGACCUGCCUGGGAACCAGCAUCAUCAGCCUUGCUCUAAUCGCUCACAAUAGGUGGGUCCUCCUCACCAGGCCUCGAUACACAUUCUACAGUAUCUAUUCCAGGCGCAACAUUGUUGCCAUGGUGAUAUUAUCAUGGAUGUACCCAUUAUUGCUUGUCAUAGUCCCACCGAUGGCAGGACUCGGGAAGUUGGGAUAUUCAGAAAACUACAAGACGUGUCAGCAGGACACCUCCUUGUCGAACUCGGACUACUACAGCCUCAUAGCAGCGGUAGGCGUCAUCGUCCCGGCAUCUAUCAUCAUCGUUGUCAUGUACGUGCUCAUCUACCGAUCCGUUUCGCGUCAUAACAAAGCUAUGGGGAAAAGAUUGGCCGAGUCGAGGGAAGCCGGGACUUCUAGUUUUGACCGAACCAGUCUUGAUAUGAGCACGAGCUGGACAGAAUCCCGGGAUCGGCAGAGGAGUGUAGUCACGGAUGGCUCGAGAGCAACUUCUGGAGUUGGUAUGCGACCUACACUUCCAAACAGCCGGAACAUGGAUGGUGCACCUACCUUGACAGGUCCAGUCAACCUUGCACCAUCGAAUGACGAGGGUGGUGAAAGUCAACAUAACAUUUCGCAUGUUCCAGAAACAACUAGGCCAUGCAGUGAAGUCUUUGAACCUGGAGUACUUGCCCUGGGUGAAAUAGAGCUGUCUAAUGUGAAUUCCCAAGCUGAGAAUACAGUAUCAAUAAACGACCAUCGCAUUAGCCAAGAGAACCUAGAAAACUCGUCGACAUCAUCCAAUCACAGAAGGGCUCCCCAGGCAUCCACUCAUGGCGCCAAGGGCUCGACUAAAAGCGCGCCAAAGAUUUCGCGCCACCAUAUCAACGUCACCAAACGUCUGUCCUUGGUGGUGCUUUCUUUCUUCAUCUGUUUCCUCCCAUUCGGGAUCUGCGUGAUGGUGCCUACCAGCGACCCAGCUGUUCCUUGGGCAAACCUUCUGAUCAUGUUCAACACUUGUAUCAACCCCAUCCUCUAUGCGGGAACUAUGCCGAUGUUCCGGGAGGUGAUGGGAUGUAUAGCACGGUGCAGGUUCCAGAGCAUCCCGGAGCCCGUCGAUCUUGUACGGUUCUGCCGUGGACCUACAUAG